AUGGCCGCCCGCGCCUCCGCCGGCGUCCGGGACGCUGGUCCCAGCCACGGGGAUGCCGCGGCUGCGGACAACCUGGUGGUCUUCUACACCAAAGAUCCAUUCAGGCUCGCCCCCGCCCCUCAGAAGAUUCGUCAGAUCGAGUUUGGGAUUCAAUGCCCCGAGGAGAUUUCGCGGUGCGGGGAGAUUCACGUGCACGAGUCGAAGUUGUACAAGAUGCCAGAGAGGAGCUCGCACCCCGGGGGCGUUCUGGACGGCAGGCUGGGGAUCAGCAACAAGCAGGCGGUGUGCCAGACAUGCGAGCAGAGGCUGCAGGACUGCGCGGGGCACUUCGGGUUCAUCAGGCUGCACCUGCCGGUCUUCCACGUGGGGUACAUAAACAACGUGCUGCAGGUGCUCCAAUGCAUUUGCAAGACGUGCUCCAGGGUGAUGCUGAAGAGGGAGGAGCAGGAGCCCUUUCGGCGCAAGUUUCGAAGCGUCAAGACGGACAAGGCGCAGAAACUGAUUGCGUUUAGGAAAUUGGUGGCCAAGUGCAAGCUGGUGAAGAACUGUCCGUACUGUGGGGAAAUUAAUGGGACAGUGAAGAAGGCCGGGGGUGUCUAUAAGAUCCUGCACGACAAGUUCAAGGGCAGGAGCCACCAACUGGCAAAAGAAGACUUUGCAAAUGCCAUCGUUUACAAUGACCAGAUUGAGAGCCAUCUUGCAAAGAUCACUGACGACCUCAACCCCCUGCGGGUUUACCACCUUUUAGAGAGAAUACCAGAAGCGGACGUGGAGUUGUUGGAUUUAAAGUGCCGGCCUGAACACUUGCUCAUAUCGACUGUGCCUGUCCCGCCGGUCUGCAUACGGCCAUCGAUAGAGAUGGAGGGAAUCGGCAGCAAUGAAGAUGACAUAUCCAUGAGGCUGUCACAGGUGAUCGAGUACAACACUCGUUUGAGGGUUGGCCUCGAGCAGGGCCUCACGGCCCAGAACCUUGCAGAGAUUUGGGAUGCGGUGCAGGUGGAGAUGGCGGUGAUUAUCAAUUCUGACGUUCCUGGACUUGCUCAAGCACUGAAACCAGAGCGUAAAGUCAGAGGUUACGUCCAGCGACUCAAGGGCAAGUCAGGCCGAUUUAGAGGCAACUUGUCAGGAAAGCGAGUGGACUUCAGCGGCCGAACAGUGAUCUCUCCCGAUCCUAACUUGGGCGUUGAUGAGGUGGCGAUACCCAGGCACAUCGCUGUGAAGAUGACAUUCCCACAACACGUCAAUCAAUACAACAUGGAUGAAAUGCAGGCCUGCAUCUUGAAUGGGACUUCUGUACACCCGGGCGCAAACAUGGUGAUCAAGCAGGAUGGGUCCAUGUUUGCCCUCAAGAGGGCAGAUCGCAGGAAGGUGUCCAGAGAACUCAAGGCAGGAGACAUCGUUGAGCGCCACCUUCGUGACGGCGACAUCGUGCUGUUCAACCGGCAACCUUCCCUGCACAGGAAUUCCAUCAUGGCCCACAAGGCGAAGGUCAAGCCAUGGAGAACACUCAGGUUCAAUGAGUGUGUGUGCUCACCAUACAAUGCAGACUUCGAUGGGGAUGAGAUGAACAUACACCUGCCGCAGACACAAGAGGCCAGGACGGAGGCUGCCCUGCUGAUGGGGACUGUCCAGAACUUGAGCACUCCCAAGAAUGGGGACUUGCUCAUAUGCGCGACUCAGGACUUCUUGACCUGUGCGUACCUGCUGACGAGCAAAGACAAGUUUCUCACAAGGGCGCAAUUCUGCUUGAUGUGUUGCUACAUGAUGGAUGCAAGGCAGCACGUGGACAUCCCACAUCCAUCCAUUGUCAAGCCUGUCGAAUUGUGGACAGGGAAGCAGCUGUGGAACGUGCUAGUCCGCCCAAACGCCAAAACCAAGGUGUUCAUCCAUCUUGAGGGGCCAGAGAAGACAUACUCUAAAAGGGGGGAGGAGAUGUGCCCGAACGAUGGUUAUGUGCACAUUCGAAACAGCGAGCUCAUCGCCGGACGCCUGGGCAAAGGCACCCUUGGGGGCAACAAGGGAGGUUUCUUCGGGGUUCUGAACAAUGAUGUCGACCCAAGGUCCGCGGCAGAGUGCAUGAAUCGGCUGGCAAAGCUGAGCUCGAGGUUCAUGGGAGACCAUGGGUUCUCUAUCGGCAUUGACGAUGUGACUCCAGCCAACAAGCUAGCGGUGCAGUAUGGAGAGAAAAUGCAUCAAAACUACAAGCAAUGUGAUGACUACAUACAACUGUACAGGAAGGGUCAACUCCAACCCGAUCCAGGCCUUGACGAGGAGCAGACUUUGGAAGCCAAGGUGACGGGCGUGCUGAACGAGAUUAGGACAGAGGCAGGGAAAGUCUGCAUGGAGUCUUUGCACUGGCACAACAGCCCGCUCAUCAUGAGUCUGUGUGGGGCCAAGGGGUCUCCCAUCAACAUCGCACAGAUGGUGGCAUGUGUAGGGCAGCAGAGCGUGAAUGGGAAGCGUUGCUUCAACGGAUUCACGGGCCGAUCUUUGCCUCAUUUUCCAAGGGGUGACAGGACUCCACAAGGCAAGGGAUUUGUUGCAAACUCCUUCUACUCCGGGCUAACCCCGACAGAGUUCUUCUUUCACACAAUGGCUGGCCGGGAAGGCCUGGUGGACACUGCUGUGAAGACUGCGGAGACUGGGUACAUGUCCAGACGGCUGAUGAAAGCCCUUGAGGAUCUGUAUGCACAUUACGACUCGACUGUGCGCGACUCGUCUGCGGGCAUAGUCCAGUUUAAGUACGGGGACGAUGCAUUGGAUCCUCUGAAGAUGGAAGGAAAGAGCGGCGAAGUAAUCGACUUUGGGAGGCUGAUGACACGGGUGAAGGCUCUCAGCGGGCGGGGGGUCAAGAGGAAGAGAAGGGAGGAUGGGGCCAAAUGGUUGCUUCCGGAAGACUUGAACAGGCUCAUAAGCGAUGCGCUGCACUGUUCUCAGUUUCAGGAGAACGCACACAGGGGAGGAUUGAAAGGGUCUGUAGAAAUAUGGUGCAGCAAUGCAUUCCGGAAUGGACUCGCUGCCUGUUUGAGGACCGCCUUGAAGCAGUACCAGCAGGCCCGAGAGAGAUUGGGACUUCCUGAGAAGGGACGCGGAGAGGAGGCGCUCGAAUACCUGGCAGGCCUGGAGGGCUUGACGGCCGGGGAGCUGAGGCGCUUUAUGAGGAGGGUUGUGGAGCGAUACGAAACCAAGCGAAUUGAGCCAGGCACCACCGUUGGCGCGGUCGGCGCCCAGAGCAUCGGCGAACCGGGGACUCAGAUGACGCUCAAGACCUUCCACUUCGCGGGCGUGGCCAGCAUGAAUGUCACGCUGGGCGUGCCGCGCAUCAAGGAGAUCAUCAACGCCUCCAAGUCCAUCAGCACGCCCAUCAUGGACGUGACGCUGGACACCAAGGACAAGGCGGCCUUCGCCCGACUCGUGAAGGGCAGGAUCGAGAGGACCACCCUGGGGCAGGUUGCGCGGGAGAUCAAGACGGUGUACCAGCCAGGUGACGUCUACGUGUCUGUCGUCCUCGACUUGACCACCAUCAGCAAACUGCAGCUGGAGGUUGACGCAUACACUGUGAGGGACUCGAUCCUGGACCACGCCAAGCUGAAGCUGGGGCCCCCCAAUGUCCACGCCGAGUCGGUGGACUUCUUAACGAUACACGCAAGCGAAGGCAGCGGGAAGGAGCUGCUUCUGGAGCUGUACCGCAUUGAGCAGAUGCUGCCGCACGUCAUGGUCGCGGGCAUUGCCACCAUAAAGCGCGCCGUUAUUCGCAAGGACAACUCCAAGGCUACCAGCGGAAAGUAUGAAUACAGGCUGCUGGCGGACGGCACUGACCUCCUGGCAGUGAUGGGCGUCACGGGCGUCGCCGGGUGCUACACACAGACCAACCACGUCAUGGAGGUGGCCAGGGUGCUAGGCAUAGAGGCGGGGAGGAAGAAGAUCAUAUCGGAGAUCAGGGACACCAUGGAGCACUACGGCAUGGUGAUCGACAACCGGCACACCAUGCUGCUGGCCGACUGCAUGACGUACAAGGGGGAGGUCCUGGGCAUCACCCGGAACGGCAUCACGAAGAUGAAGGACAGCGUGCUGCACGCGGCCUCCUUCGAGAAGACCACCGACCACCUGUUCGACGCGGCCGUGCACGGCAGGGUGGACAGCGUGAACGGGGUGAGCGAGAGCAUCAUCAUGGGCGCGCCCAUGCCCACAGGCACCGGGAUGUUCAAGCUCCUGUACAACCAGGAGGGGGAGCCGUCCAGCCUGGCGCAGCGACCGCCGCCCAUCCUGUCUUCCUGA